CGCAAUCCUGCCGGCCGUGUUGCCCCCGCCUUGCAACAAGUGAUGCUUUUUGACGUUUUUCUUGGACUCAAGAGUGUUAUAGUGAUUCACCAUACAGACUGUGGUGCGAGCCAGUUCAAAGAGGCAGAGGUUCGAGAAGCCCAUAAAAGCCGCCUGCCAGAUCAUUCGGAGAUUGAUGAUAUGGUGUUUGGUGCUUUUGACGAUGUUGAGCAAAGCGUCAGAGAUGACCUUCAUAUACUGAAGACUUCUCCAUAUGUGCCUAAGAGGAUUGCUGAUCAGUGUUUUGGCUAUGUAUACGAUAUCAAGACUGGCCUUUUGACUCCCGUCGAUUAUGUUGAUAACCAGUGA